GCAUUUAAAAAGUAUCGAACGGUUUUACCAAGCGGUCAUAGACAGCUCAAACAAAAUAAUAUUUUUUGUGUAAAAAAUUCAAUUCAUACUUGAUAUAUAUAAAAAUUAUAAAUUUUUAAAACAAAUUAAAGUAAAAUAUUAAAUCUUAAACAAAUCCACAAUAAAACAAAGAAAUAUAACCAAGAAAAUUAAUCAAUUUUAGCCAAAAAAAAAGUCCAUGCAUGAGCACAGUCAUCAUGUUUAAGUAUGUGCUGCACAUCAAAUAUUUAUUUUACUUUUAAACACAAGAAACCAACAAUCCUUUUUUGUCCUGACAAAAACAUUCACUGAAAUAAAGAAGGAAGAGAAAGUUUGCCCCAACUCCCCCUUCAAAUUCCUCACACAAAAACCUCUACCACUAAAAGUACUCGUACAUUUAAACGUUCCCUAGAAAAAAGUAAAAAUAUCCCAGUGUUUAGGCUUUAGCCUGGUCUCUUCGUUAAAAUGUUAAUACGUUGGAAAAGCAAAGAUAAAAGUUCACCGAACCCUACAAACACCAGUGGUGGAGGUAGCAGCAGCAGUAGUUCCAAAAAGAAACGCAAAGGACGCGAAGGCGAUGAGAACUGGCAGAAUGAUAUGAAAUCUGGUCAUAUGCAGAGCAAUGAACAAGGCGAGGAACGAAGACGUGGAAUGCGAAGAGAGGAUCCGCGUAGACAUACGUUAGGUGGUGAUAUGCUUGCCUACACCAAUCAACAGAAUUUGCAGCAGCAGUCACAAAAGGCAUUGGAUUUGGAAAUGGGUACUCGCACUCAGAAAAACAAGAAGAUGCAACCUAAUCGCGGAUAUGUGCCAAUUAAUCAAGGACCUUUGUUCGAUGAUGAUCCGGGUAUUAUGUCUGAAGUGGAAACAGCCAGUACGGGUUUUAGACGUGGUGGUAAGCAACGUUCUUCGUUACCCGUUGUGCGUACACCCUCGAAAACCUUAGAAAGACCUCUAGGUUUGGUUUUCUUGCAAUAUCGUUCGGAGACAAAGAGAGCUCUAUUGCCAAAUGAAAUAACUUCGAUUGACACUGUACGAGCUCUAUUUGUACGUUCGUUUCCUCGCCAGUUAACCAUGGCAUACCUAGAGGGUCCCAAUGUCAAAAUUUACAUACAUGAUGCCAGCAAGGACAUGUUCUAUGAAUUGGAAGACGUGCGCUCUCAUUUACGGGAGAUAAGAGAUCGUUCUGUCUUGCGUCUCUUUGAAUCUACUGAAGUAGCAGCACCACCUCAAAUACUACCAGGAGGUCCGGGGAUACCACAGCCGUUGCCACAAACCAAUACUCAGCACUGGGAUCAGGAUCAGAGUUACUUCAGUGAACCGGAAUUCGAUUCGGAUUAUAAAAAUCAACACAUUCAUAAAUCCAAGAUUGGCAAACAACAAGCCCCUUAUUACGUGGGUGGCUCCCAGACAUUGCCACGUGGAAUGUAUACCGAUCGCAAUAAGAUGACAAUGGGAACGCCAUUGAAACCUUUAAGAACGCCCAACUCCAGGGGUAGCAUGGAACCCUUGUUUCCUUAUCCCCCGGAUCAGUUAUACAGUAUACCAGAUGGUUAUACAAGUUCGCCGGAACGUUCAACACGCGGUAGUUAUGAAGAACCCUAUUACAGUCAAUAUGGUACCAGGGGACCGGUGAUAGCUCCCAUUAUAGAUGAAGAACAAGCAGACGUAAACAUGACUGAAGAUCAAUAUGCUUUGUAUGGUAUGAAAAUGGGUCCCGGUCGUAUGCCUAGGACCAACCAAUUGUAUGAUCCUACUAGACCGGAAGAUCUACAUCGUAUACGAGUAGAACAUAUGGAACGUCAACUGGCUAAUUUAACUGGUUUAGUGCAAAAGGCUUUGGUAAAUCAGAAUCCACAAAUCGCUCCCAUACCAGUGCCAACUUUGGAUCCCAAUUAUUUGGUAGUACCCACACAAUGUCAUGUAAACGGUUCUGGAGAAGAUCUUUAUGUUAGAGAAAAGGCUCCCAAAUUGGGCAAGAAUGCCUGUCAAAAAUCGGUAUCUUUUGAAAAAAGUGUCUCCUUUAGUGACGAUAUACAGGGUAUACCAAAAUCGCAUAGUCCUCAACAUGCCGCUGAUACAAAACCCACAAAACCAGCCAUCAAAUCCUCCACUUUGCCAAGAACCUCUUCACAAGAACGUGACCGCCUUAAACCACCUCCACCUCCCAAACCAAUGGUAUUGGCCCAAACGGCCCACAACAAUUAUCGAGCCGAUAUAGCAUUGGCGCCAGAAGUCUACAAUCACCUUAGAGGUCUACAGAAAAAGGCCAAAGAUUUGCGUACCGAAGUGCGCACUCUGCGCCGGCUUUCGCAGGCUCAAGCUGUGGCAGUUCGAGAAGAUAUCAAAAGCACUUUUAUGCGCAUACGUGCCACUUUGUUGGCGAGUAGUGGCAGUAUAUGGGGUCAUCAGGAUCAAGACGCUACACGCAUAUCACGCGAAGAAGAAUUGUAUAAACAGGAAGUUAUACGUUUAGAAAAAGACCUAAGCGAUUUGGAGUCCUCCGUCGAGAGUCUAAGAGGAGAAGUAAUCAAUCGAAGGACCAGAGUUAAUAUGACUGCUGUAGAAGAUAUGGCUUUGGUACUUAGUAGAGCCAGUAAAACUGUGGCCGAAUUAAAAAUGAAAUUUCCGGCAUUAUCCAAUGGAUUACGUUGUAUUUUAUCUAGCGAAAUGGAAAAAGUUGUGCGAGAAGAAAAGUUCCUAAAAGAAGAACCCGAUCGUUUGGAAUCGGCUUUAAGAAGAUGCAAAAAGCUAACAGGCACUUUAGUGACAUUAAAAAGAUUGGCCAGUGUACAAGAACAAAGAUUGCCACCAACAGAGACCCAGACAAAUGAAGAUCCUCCCCGUUCUGCUGAUGUAUCUGUGGCCGAUAAGCCAAUCCCACAACCCAGGAUGGGGACGUUCGCUGUCGGCGGGGGAGCCCCACCAGAAAACGCACUCGAUGCUUUGUUAGAUGAAUUGAAAACCUUUUCAAAGCCUCUAAUACAGAACAAUGAGAUAAGACCCGAUGAUUCCACUUCUGAUGAUAGUACCGCCAUGGUACAAAGCACUGUUACCACUCAAAUCUCCCAGGCACGUCUAUAUAAUCAAACUGAGGCCGGCACUCCACCCCUCUUAAUGGCCUCAAAUAGUGUCAGCGAAUUGCAACAACAAUUCAAUAAUAUUGCAAUCAAUAAUCAAAAUAAUAUGACUCCCAUAACAGUUCCCUUGAUUACGGCAACUAACGUCUCCAGCCUGAGACGCCUACACUCGUUGCCCACUCAAUGUGAAAGUGACAUUGUGCCAAUACCCAUAAUGCGCAAUAUUGCCAAACCACCGGUACCAGAACGCAAUGCUGAAUUAAUAUUGAAGGUGGGAGGCAAGCGUAUACCCCCACCACCACCACCAAGGACUAGUUCUCGCAGUCCCCUAGCCAGCCCUACCAGUCCCAAUGUCCCUCAACCAAUGCCCACAGUCAAUGAAAUCGAACCUAAGGACUCCUCUCUAAAUGUGGCCAUUGAUAGCGGUGGUGAAAACUCUAGCGGCAACGAAUCUGGCAACGAUAAUGUGCAACGGCAAGUUGCUUUGGAAAUGCGUCAUCAAGAACUGUUAAAAAAACAAAAAAUGUUACAAGAACAAUAUCAGCGAUUGCAACAAAUGAGCAAAAUGCCUUCAGUUGAUAUGUCUACUAGUUCGGCAACUAACUUAGAUCCCAACAGUCAACAAUCACUAAAGAAAAUGGGCAGUGAAUCAAAUAUACAGCAAAAACUUAAUCUAACAAUAAAUACAAACGAUUCAUCUGGCAAUGCCGUCAAUAUUAACAAUAUAUCAUCUGCAUCAUCAACAUCCUCUAACGAACUGGUCAAUAAUCGAAAUGCCAACGACAAAUUAGUGAAUAUGAAACUGAACAACACCAAUGGCGGUGGUGGUGGUAGUGGAGGCAAUCCAACUACUAAUUCAACAACUACGAAACAGGUCUACGAAACUGAAAUACUUUAACAUAAAGCAAAACUAACCUGGAAUGAAACGGCCAUUGAUAUUUGAAAUCAUAAUUUGCACAGCGACAUGGUAAAAAUGUUAAAAAGAAAAUUUGAACACGGAACAUAAAAAUUUUGCAAACCAGACAUUAAAUAAGAUGGACAUUCAAAACUCAUACAUACAUACAUACACACAUACACAUUCAUGUAAUUGUAACAAUUUGUUGUUGAUUUUAAUUAAAUUUUUAUUUAUUCCACAACUUUUUAUUUUUCACUAGAAUAAGUGCACAUUUUGUCAAAACACUAUUUAAGACAAUGAAAAAGCAACAAAAAAGUUAAAAUACUUAAUAAUUGAAUCAGUAAUUGUAAUCAGAAUGAGUAUGAACUUUUUAGAUAAACGAUAGUUAAAAAUAAAGUCUGCGUUUCUAGAUAAAUAUCAAGGAACUCAGUUAAUAGUAGUUAAAUUUUUUUAUUUCAAUUUUUAAACAAUUAAAAAACAAUUUGGAUAUUUUGUCUAGAAUUAGAAUGAUAAGAAACAUAAUGAAUAAGGGAUUAUUAGGGGGAUUCAACUUUAAAGCUAGACUAAAAUGUUGCAUUAUUUAUUUUAUAUUUGAAAAACAAAAGUAAAAAAUAAAAAAAAAAUAAAAACAAUUUCAUUAUUUACACACUAUUGAUAUAUGAAAGUUAACAUAUUGUGCACUCAGUUUUUGAAUAUAAAAAAUGAACAUAAAAUUUAAAUGAAUUAAACAGAAUUAAAUAAAAAGAAGUAAAUGAAUAAAAGUCAAACUGAAACAAUGAAACAUUUUUCCAUUUACUUUUGAAAAAUGACUACAACCUCCCCCUCAUAACCCACAUUUAACUAAAUCCCUAAUAAACAAAUCAAACAUUAUAAGAAAACCCCCAAAUAGGAUUUGAAAUUUAUUUAACAAAAAAAAAAAAAAAUAAAACCAACAAAAUAUUUAUAUAUUUUAACAAAAGUAUAAAACAUAUUAGUAAAAAUUAUUUUAUAAAAACAAAAUAUUAAAUGAAUAAAAUAAAAAAUCUUAUUUAGGCACGGGAAGUGAGACUGAUAGUACUAUACAAUAUCUCAUGCAUUAACAAAUAAUAAAAAUUAAAAAAAAAACAUUAAAUUAAAUAAUUAUACAAUGAAAAACAAAUCAAUAAAUGGCUUAUA